GCGCUUUCAUCAUCUUCACCUGCGGAAUCACAACAGCGCGCGACCAAUUAAACCCAAGUGGACCCCUCUCCCUGCACGCGACGGGAAGCGGUGGUCACAGUGGGAGGGGUCACGCGCAUCCACUGGGGAAAGAAAAAAAUUAAAUCAGAAAAAAAAAAAAAAAAAAGCCUGAACUGCUCAGACCUGAAGUGAAUCGUGACACUCGAAACAGAAACACAGACGUGAGGAGCGACGCCCACCGAUCAGAUGGAGACGUUCAAAUGUGGAGCUCUGAGCGUGAAAAUGUGAGCAGCUUGUGACGCGUCGGGAUAACUAAAGCCAUUUAUUUAUUUAUUUUUAUUUAUUUCUUGUCUUUUCCUUUUUGUGUUUUUCCUUCCCUUGAACACUCGCCGAGGCGCUCAGCUCAAAGUCCGGCCAUCGGGAGCUUGUGGAUGUGCGCAACAGAGGAUGAGUGGCGCUGCGGGCGCCGAACCCGCACUCCUCAUCCGUCCCGCUUCUUUCCCGAACCUGGAAAGUACUUUUCUCUUCAAUUCCAGCCUGAGCACGACCUGAAACUCAACACCUCGAAAUCCGAGGAAGCUUGUCAGCGCGGAACCUGUUGUUCAGUUGGGGUUUUUCUCUCUCCUCCUCUUCUACAACAAAAGUACCUGGUUAAAAACUCGCAAUAAACUAAACUGUUCGUUUCAUCUUUUCCCCCCGACUCCAUGAAAAUCUACAUUCUAACAUUUUCUCCCACUUGCUGCUCUCUCCUCCACUCUGAGAGCGACUCGUGUCGUUUGGAAGAGUCAGCACAUUUGGGAUGAGGACGCUCUGUGGAAGCGGGGAAGAUUCGCGGAUUUCAUGCAGAGGAAACUGAUUCCCCCGCUCAGCAGCAGGGAGAAUGGUUAGGGGGGGGGACGGGUCGCGUUCAGGGUAGAGGAGAAAUAAGAAACUUAAAGCCGGGAGGGAUGAAAAAAUGACAAGUUUUAGGACAUUUUUAUUCAGAUCACAGACAAAGUAAGAGAGGAGACACGGAAACAAAACUGAAGGAAAUAGAAACAAAUAUCAACGCUGCUUUGUUUUUCUUUUAUUAUUAUUAUUAUUAAAGACGUUUUUAAGGAUCCACACAGCUUGUUGCGGAGGACAGAGCGACCAACAGGCGAUCCGAAAAAGCAGCUUGUUGAUGGCACUGCGCACCGGGAGGACUUGGUUCGGGCAGGUCUUGCGCAGGGUCUCUCGUCUUCAGGGCUCUUGGUCCAGGCGGUCCAGCAGUCUGUUGUGUCUCUCCGCGAACCAGGAGCAGGAUCAGGGGCUCUGCCACCGGGACCACUACAAGGCGGGGGACUUCGGCGCCCCCCGUCCCCACGGCGCCCCCGCCUCCGGGCGCUGCCCACGCGGCUUCCCUUACGCCUGCUGCGCCUUCCCGGGUCACCCGAGGGGACAUGAGACCCUCGGCCGCCGCUUCCUGUCGGCCAUGAAGCGGCAAAACGUGCGGACCCUGUCGCUCAUCGUCUGCACGUUCACGUACCUGCUGGUGGGGGCCGCCGUGUUCGACGCCCUGGAGUCCGAGUUCGAGAUGCGCGAGAAGGAGCAGCUGGAGGCCGAGGAGAAGCGGCUGCAGGGGAAGUACAACAUCAGCGAGGACGAUUACCGCAAGCUGGAGAGCAUCAUCAUGGAGGCCGAGCCGCACCGGGCCGGGGUGCAGUGGAAAUUUGCGGGCUCUUUUUACUUUGCCAUCACGGUCAUAACCACCAUAGGCUAUGGGCAUGCAGCGCCUGGGACCGAUGCGGGGAAGGCCUUCUGCAUGUUUUACGCUGUCCUCGGAAUCCCUUUGACCCUCGUCAUGUUCCAGAGCCUGGGCGAGAGGAUGAACACGUUCGUCAAGUACCUCCUGAAACGCAUCAAGAAGUGCUGCGGAAUGCGCAUCACGGACGUGUCCAUGGAGAACAUGGUGACGGUGGGAUUUUUUUCCUGCAUUGGCACGCUGUGCAUCGGCGCCGCCGCGUUCUCCCACUAUGAGGACUGGAGCUUCUUCCAGUCGUACUAUUACUGUUUCAUCACGCUAACAACAAUAGGCUUCGGAGACUUUGUGGCCCUUCAAAAGAACCGGGCCCUCCAGAAGAAGCCCCUGUAUGUGGCCUUUAGCUUCAUGUACAUCCUGGUGGGCCUGACGGUCAUCGGAGCAUUCCUCAACCUGGUGGUGCUCCGCUUCCUGACUAUGAACAGCGAGGACGAGCGGCGGGACGCCGAGGAACGUGCCUCUCUCGCUGGCAACCGCAACAGCAUGAUCAUCCACAUCCAAGAUGAGUCGCUGCAGAGGAGCCGGCGGCGACGGGAGCUGUACAGGACGGAGGUGACGGACCUGCAGUCGGUGUGCCCAUGCAUGCACUACCAUUCGCACGACUAUGGCAGCUCUAGUGGCGGGAUUGGAGGCCUGGGUUGUGCCUUUUCGCAUCAGAACUCCUUCGGCUCGCAGCUGAACCCCAGUCAGUACUUUCGCUCGGUCUCCUACAGGAUCGAGGAGAUCUCGCCCAGCACCUUGAAGAACAGCCUCCUCCCAUCGCCCGUCAGUUCAGUUUCUCCCGGCCUUCACAGCUUCACGGACAAUCACCAGCUCAUGAGGAGGAGGAAGUCUAUCUGAGACUCGGCGCUCACCGGACCAGUGAGUGGUCGCAUUUUAUACACAAGGUCAAACAUUUUCAAUGCUGCUCUUCACCAAGAUUUUUAUUUUAGCACCUUUUACCUCCCCCCCCCCCAACUUCCACGAGUUUGGUUGUACGUACUUGCUGCGAACGGAUAAGAGAGACUGGGCGGAACAGCAAGACUGGACCCAAACAGGAUGCAAAGCAUGAAGCAUGGAUGUCUAUUUUUUCAAGAAUUGCUUAAUUUAAAGAGACACGACACAAACUACAAACUUACUUAUUACAGAUUUACACAAUAAAAUGAAUACAUGAA